GGGGAAGGAGAGGCAAGGUCUUGUAGAUUUAUGAAGGUCCAGUUUUUUUUUUAUGAAAGACAGUCAGUAUAUCGUCGCCUUCUCUUCACGCAAACCUAUGGAAGAAAGGGAUAUAUUAAUAAAAUUAUUUGGAAUACAUUGCAAAAUAUGAAGAUUUUGUAGAUGGUCCGCUGACGGUGAGCGUGUCAUCUCGCCUGCUACUAUUUCCUUUUUACGCGCAAACCUAAAUGAAAAACUGAUACAUUGUUACAAGUGAGUCAGCCUCCCGCGCGUACAAAUAUACUUUUGCCUAUUCAUCGAUGGAAAAAUGCAGUUUUAGAAAUUAAUACGUGGUUCUAUUCUUAACCAAUUCAAUACCAAAUAUAGUCAUUGUGUUGAUAUUAAAUGUCAUUGAACGGUGCUGGAGCUGUUUAUAAUUAAACAGUCUCGAGGCUAGAUUGACAAACUUUCGCAGGGAUAUUAUUGCUGGGUAACCAAGAUUAUUAGUAAAAAGCUAAACCGAGGUUAAGUAACGUAAUAAACUGCACUUGGCAAAUUUUAAGUUUAAACCCACGAGUAGCUAAAGUGUAGGCUAUACGGCUCAGCUAUUUCUGUAUUCUGUAGAAGUCUGUGAGGCACGUGUACCCAAAAUUACACUUCUGUCGUUUUUUUUAAUGACUGAUUAUCGAUAGAAUCUUUUUUUUUACCUCCGAAUUUUCAUAAUAUUCAUAAUAUUUGCACCUACACCGGUCCACCGACUUAAACCUUAUUUUUCCAGUCGCCACCUGUAUAUUUAUCACGUGAAGGGGUUUAGAAAAAACGUUUUUCCGACAUGACUUCCUCCAACAGUGCAUAUUUUUCUUUAGUACGGGUUUUAUUAUCCACGCUUGUGUUAAUGCUUGGCUUGGCAGCGCAAUGCGUCGGCCAGGCCAUCCCGUCCGAAGAGAGCCAUAGAUGGGGCCCAUCGGUCAGUCUCCGGUCCCUGGUCACAGGAACCUGCGAAGACGUCCACAAAUAUGUGGAAUCCGUCGUGGGAACUAAUGUGAUCGAAUCGACAGUUGACAGUGUGCUGUUGUAUCUAGAGUCAGUACUUGGUCAAGAAAACGUCUAUGCCAUGGCUAUGUUCUUUGAGAUGUUCAUCCGCUUUCUGGCCCAGGGAGCUGCCAGUGGCUUGAAUGUCAUCGCUGUUUACGUCACAGAGAUUCUCAGGGUGACAGGAGUUGAUGUCCACUUGCCAUUCCCUCACUUCACCCCAGAGGGUGUGGCCUCUGUAGGUCAGUGGGCUCUAUUGGCUCUAAUUGGCUACUGGGUGCUGUCCAUCAUCCUGCGUCUGUUGGUGGCUGUGGUGAGGAGAGUGUUCUGGAUGCUGAAGGCAGGCGCAGUGUUGUGGCUCUUCAGCCUGAUUGUCAGCGACGCCAAUGCUGGUUCGGACACAACAGCUAUCCGACUGGCAAGUCUGGUUUUUGGGUGUGUCCUGCUGGGGCUUGCCAGCUCCGGACCAGAAAAGACAGUCCAUGUGGAAGACCGUCUGAGGAUCCUGGAAGGAAGGCUGAAGGUAGUAGAGAGGAAAAAGGAAGAAGAAUAAUGGGAUGAAAAUGGUGGGGUGGGGUGAUAGUUGGAAAAUAAAAGUAUGCUGGGGAUGUUGGUGGUCUCUGUGUGUCUGUUUCUCAAGUUAAAUAAAGCAAACUCUAGGAUUUUUUUAUUUAUUUAAAAGGCUUGUAAAUGUACCUGUUUGUCAUUUCUUAAACCAUUUAGAUGUUGUCUGUUGGAUGUAAUCCCUUUCAAUUCUCCCAUAUUGUGACUUUUGAAGUCAUUUAUAACUCAAUUUUUGGCAGAAUAAAAUAUACAGUUGAGGGUCA